AUGUCUUACAAAUUCAUUUUGAGCAAUAAGAGUUAGUUUUCAAAGGAUCGAAACGUUAAUAUAGAUUAUACUCCUGUUUUUAAUAUGUAAAACCCAUUCAUAUUGAUUUAGAUAGUUGUAAUAAAAAUUGAAUAUUUUUCCAAUUUUCAAUGAUGAUCAUUAGUCUACAACUCCUGGAUUUAUCAUCGAAUAUGAGAAAGUAUCAAAGAUCUAUAUAUAAAUUUAGCCUGCAUAUGAAAGCAAUUUAAACUAUCAUUAACAAUUAUUUAAUCAAAAAAUUGAAUAAAUAAAAAUAAAAAAUAAAUAAUUGGUACCACUUCAUAUCAUUAUUAUAGCUGAUUCCCAAGCCAAAGCAUCGAGUUUAGAUUUGCUCAGUUUGUAAGACUAAGUAUACAGAUUACUUAACUGUAUUUAAUAAAGAAAUUAAAUUAAUUAGCAUACUUAAUCAAAUUCGCAUAAAAAGUUGUUCUUAGCAUCACCAUAUAUCAAGAAGAUCGAGAAGAUCUAAAUUGAUUUAAGUUAGCAACUAUCAAAUUACAAUUCUUAAUCAACAGAUACAGAGGAUGCUUCAUUAUUGGGUUAGGGUAAUAGAAAGAAAAUAAAACUGGAGAUGUCCAAAAUGAUUUCAAUUACUGAAUGA